AUGUUGGAUUCCCUGCACUUCUCUCUGUCAACAGACCUCUUCUCUCUCCUGCUUCUCCAGGUGUCCAUGUGGGGCUCAGAUACAUUCGUGGUGAUUGGUCCCUCGGAGCCCAUUGUGGCCAUGCUGGGUGCAGACACCAUGCUGCCCUGUCGUGUGUCCCCAGUCAUGAGUGUGGAGGACAUGGAGCUGCGGUGGUUCCGCUCCCAGUUCUCAGAGGCUGUAUAUGUUUAUCAGGAUGGAAAGGAGCAGGUGGGAGAACAACUGGUAGAUUUCAAAGGAAGAACUGAACUGGUGAAAGACUAUAUCACUGAGGGAAGAGUAAGUGUGCGAAUCCGCAGUCUCCAGGUCUCAGACAAUGGAAUGUAUAAGUGUUUCUUUAAGAAAGGCAGUGACUUUGAAGAAGCUACUUUGGAAUUAAAAGUGAUAGGUCUCGGUUCUGUUCCUCGUAUUCUCAUGGUGGGUCCAGAAGAUGAAGGAAUACAAGUGACAUGCACAGGGAAGGGAUGGUUUCCCCAGCCAGAGAUACAAUGGAAAGAUGAAAGGGGAGAGAAGAUACCAUCUCUCUCUGAGGACCAGACCCAAGAUGAUGAUGGUUUGUUCCAGAUAAAGGCAUCCCUCAUCGUCAGAGACAGCUCCAAGAGAAAAGUGUCCUGCUCUGUAAAGAACCCUUUGUUUGGUGAAGAGCAAGUAGAAAGCAUUUCUAUCCCAGAGCCCUUCUUCCCUAGGGCCUCUCCUUGGAAGCCAGCAUUUGCUGUGACUCUCUAUAUACUUGGGAUUUGCCUGAUUGCAGUUUUAUUUUUGAUCCGGAAACAUAAGCAAGACAAUUUGCGAGUAUCAGAAGUUGAGAAAGAAAAAGAAGACAUAAAGCAAGCCAGAGAUUCACUUCAGGCAGAGCUUGGCAGAAGAAAGGAGCUAUAUAGACAAGACUGGAAAAAAGCAAAUAUAUAUGCAGACUGGAGAAAGGAACAGUUCAAAGCAGUGACUGCUGUGUUGGCUGCAGACACAGCUCAUCCCAACCUCGACUUAUCUGAGGAUAGAAGACAUGUUUAUUGGGCAGAAAAUGAUUCUCAGAACUGUGACAUCUGCAGUGUUCUGGGCCAGGAUUGCUUUACGCAAGACAGACAUUAUUGGGUGGUGGAAGUGAAUAUGGAGAUAAAAGAUGACGCUGAAAAUAGAUGGGCUCUGGGUGUGUGCUCAGAAACAGUCAAGAGAGAUGGGUGGUUUAAAGAACAACCGGAAAAGAAUUUCUGGUUGGUGGCAUGCACUAACGGAGAAAUCGAGGCUCUCACCUCCACACCAAAGCCUCUGUCCCUGAGGCAGCACCCCAAAAAGAUAGGGGUUUUCCUGAACUGGAAGGAUGGAGAUGUGUCCUUUUACAACAUGAUUGAUGGUUCUCACAUCUACUCCUUUACUGGAAUCACCCUCUGUGGGACCCUACGCCCUUAUUUCAGCCUUCAGGGUUCUGGUACAUCUGUGACCAUCUGCUCAGCUUCAGAUCACACUGAUAAUCAUCCUGAUUCCCUUCCAAAGACCUCUGUGGUUCAUGAAAAAGAUUGUGAUGUGAGUAUUUCCCAAGAAGCUAAUUCUCUAUUACCUCAAUAA